UCGAAUCAUCAUGUUUCAGAUCUAACUCAUAGUAGAAAUACAGUUGAUGGGAGUCGACUUUUUUGCUACCGUCAUAAAACUGAGAAUGUGGAGUUUUAUUGUAAAGAUUGCUGCCAGAUUAUUUGUAAAAAAUGCCAGAUAUCAGAUCACAAAGAUCAUGACACAUCAGACAUAAAACUGUACCGAAAACUGGCUAUGACAGAAUUGAAAAAUUAUGUUGAUAAUGUCAACGAAAAGAUUUUCUAUAUGAAUGCGUCUGCUGUCACAUCUUCUAAAAAAAUUGACCAACAAGUACAAGCUAUAUGUGAAACUGUCACAACAAAGGGUCGCAAAUUUAAACUACAUAUGCAAAGAGAGCUCCAAAAGGAGGAAUUCAAGAUGAAGAGGGUUGUGGAAUCGUCAAAAAAAAUCAUUGACAAGUUGGAGGAGUCCGUGCACAAUAUUAAUACUAUAUUGAAAGGUGAUUCAAUGUAUGGCGUGUUAGAUAGGCUGCCAACCCUUAAGAGUAAGCAGGAAGAAAAUGAGGCACGUGAACUAAACGAGUUAUAUGACGUCACCAGCGAAUUCGACCGCAAAAUAAUAAAUACUACUUCAACUAUUAAUACAAUGAUGGGAGAGUUAAAGAUAACCCGAAAUGUUAUGAUUACAUACUACUUUAAAUACAGUGAAAUUAAACACAAUUGGAGAUACAGCCCUGUAUAUAAAGUAGAAGAUACAUUGUGGCAUUUCAAGGCCUUUGAGACCGGAAGUGGCCAUCUAAUACUUGGUAUGAUUGCUUAUGGAGAAAAUCUUGUAUCAGACACACCAGAAGUUACCAUUAAACUUGUCAACAGUACCGAUGAGCAGAAAUCAGUAGUUAAAGUCAUGCGCAGACCGUGUUUGGCCACAUUAAAGGCCGAUUACACCUGGAAUACUGGUUGUGAAAAGGGUAGAAUGUCGUCAGCUGGAUUUGUAAACAAUGAUCGAUUCAGUCUCCAGGCAACUAUCGCUGCCAAAGAUAUAUUGUCUCAAAAAUUUACUGAGCGCCAUGGAAAACGCAUCACUUAGUUUUUCGUAUAACAAAAUGAUCCUGUAAACAUAUCUUAUUUAUUUUGCUUCUUAUUGUGAACAAUAUUCAAUUGGGAACACAUCAAUAACAACACAUUUGUACACUUAUGGAUGUUUAAUCUGUAAUCAAGGGUACAAAGUCAGAGGGGUCAAAACCAAAAGUACGACACAGAUGUCAGUAGCGCGUGUGUCCUCGUCGGGCCAUCAUCACGGUAGGCUACAGCAUUAAUGCGACCCCUGCAAAUGUGUAGGGCGGUCCGGUGAUAAAAUGUGAAGCCUCCCCACACCAUUACACUUUCCCCACCCCAUCGAUUCGUUUCGAAGACGCAGCAGUCUGCAAGACGUUCCCCAACACGUCUCCACACACGUUGACGGCCAUCUUAGUGAUAAAUAUGAAAGCGACUCUCAUCACUGAAGAGCACACUUUGCCAGUCUACUCUUCUCCAUGUCUUGUCCUUGAGCCCAUAUCAAACGCCGCUGACGGUGAUGAUCCCUGAGGAUAGCUCCAACAUAAGGUCGUCGUGCACGGAGUCCUACUUCUCUUAGACGACGUCUUACGGUGUUGGCACUUACUGGUCCUUGUCUUCCGACGACUGCUGGGCGGAAUCUGUCACGCAGAUGAGUGACCCGGAUGUAGCGGUCUUGAGUCUGGGUUGUAACGCGUUGUGGACCAGGACGUUGACGGUCACGUGUUGAUCCAGUAACUCGAACACGUUCCACCAACCUUACAAUAGUGGACUGAUGACAAUCGAAGUGUCUGGCAAUAGCACGUGUAGACAUGCCAGCCCUGGACAUUCCACUGGCUUCAUUCCGUUGAUUUUCAGUAAGUCUCGGCAUCUCUAGCUCGAUUCCUUCACACGUCCAACAACAAAUUACGACAGAUUGACGUUUCACAGUUCAUGUACUGCACAUUAAGUUGAAAACAUGCUUUUAAAGGGCUCACACACAAUGCUGCACGUGAAUAUUGGGUUUUUCAUGUGCAUCUCGUGCAAUUUUGUUUUGUGCACACGGGCCGAUAUUUUUUGCGUUUGGGAGCAUUGUGUGAAACAAUAGUUCAUAGUAUUGCAGAAUAUUAGACAUACAAAACCACCUAGUAAUAAAAUAUUUGGGAAAAAAAGUGAUGCGUUUUCCAUGGCGCUCAGUAUAUUUAUCGGGUAGUUAUUUCCAAUAAAAGUAUGGCAAAUUUGGUAUGGAAAGUAUAGACAUCCAAUCUUACUAGGAAAAUACAGGAUUAUCCGAAAAACACCCAUGGGGCGAGCACUGGGCAAAAAUGUGAGGGUAUCACUAACGGGCAACCCGAUUGUUUUCUGCCAGCUUAUUGUGUGCUAGAUUGACUGAGAAAGCAGUUGGUAAUUUUUGAUCAAAUGAGUAGGCGGUUUUGGAAACAUUGAGGGAUGUCAGCUUACAGAAGAGUCGAAUGGACAUUAAACCCCUUUAAUCUCUCUUGGUAUAGUUCGGAAUAACGGUUGUUAUAAUAUACAUAGUUCAGUAUAAUAAUAUAUUUAAUUUAGUAUAACCGUUUUAUUACAUAAUAUAUAUAGUUCAAUAUAACCGUUCUUAUAACUUAUAUAUAGCUAUUAUGUUUUUCAAGAAAUUGUUGUAAAGGUUCAGACAGAUUAUUUUUUUUUUAUAAAAUCAUUAAAUUUGGGAUAUGAUGUGUAAAAUGUGAAUAUCUAUUGCAGUACUAUGCGUCGCUGGUUAGAUGUGGAAAGCCAGUAAGCCGAAGACUCCCCACACCCAAUGUGCGACUCAUACUCUCUUCUCUGCUACAUAUUUUAAUAGACUUGUGAUCGUCUAAUAUUUUUAAUUGUCUUCUUUAGCUUCCUUUUCACGUUGUGUAUUUCCUUCUUACUAUCUCACUGUCUUACUGUCUUACAAGGGAUAACUAAACGAUGCAACAGUUCAGUUCUAUAUUUGUAUGACAAGCUGGAUAUAUAUGGUUACAAUGCAUACUAGAUUACAUUAGCAUACUUAAAAAUAACAUCUUACUCUCAACUCCUGUGAAAGUCUAACCAGCAUGGCUAGACUCCGGAAACGGCUACAUCACAUGGUCAACUAAAGAAACAAGGCGAUGUCUACCCUCUCUGAGAAUUCAUCGAUAGUCUCUAGGAACUCAGAUGAUAUCUCUCCGGAACCCAAUGAUAUCUAAUCUUAAAUGGCUGGUUGGGACUUUUUAACAGAUUUGCUUACGUCAUAACUUUAGAUUCUGCAAAUAAUGACCUUGAUUGGAUGGUUAUAGUGUAUGAUGCAAUCAGUAAAUUUCGAAUCACGUGUUAACAUGAUAUUCUGGUUCCCAAGGAACCAGCUAUGUUUAGGUUUUAUAAAUCUUUUUUUUAUAUGUCAACCAUUCACUCAUUUUGAUUUAAGUGCUUAUGAGAUAAUAUGACUUGUAUUCAAUGUGUGAAUCCAAUAAUUAGUUAAAGAUACAAUAUAAUGCUAUUUUUAAUGUAAAGAGCAAGAAUUCUUGCAACACUAUCACAUAUCUUUUCUUGUCGAUCACUUAUUGCAAUAUUUUAGGUGAUAUUGAAAAAGAAACGAUCUCGCCAGUUCUUGUUAGUGAUUAGUAGAACCGAAAUAAGGCAAACAAAAAUGGAAUAGGUGUGUGCUUCCAUUUUAUUUCGAAUUAUUCUUGAGAAAUCACUACCAUUUAACAUUUAAAGACAUGCCUAUUUUAACUCUUUCCAAACAUACAGGGAUCACGCCACUAACUUUCAAGACCAUAAAAGAAAAACAGAUUACAAAGUAGCUAAAAGUCUAAACUAUACCUUCCGAUACAUUGAUGACAUAACACCUACCAAUGAUAACGGAAAUUUCAACAAAUAUAAAAGUGAAAUAUAUCCUCCUGAACUAAUAUUAAAUAAAGAAAAUUCCGGUACUGCAUCUGUUCUUGAACUGGACAUCAAUAUAAUUAACAAUAAAUUUAAUGUCGGUAUUUUCGACAAAACGGACAAAUUUGGUUUUGAAGUAGUAACAUACCCGUCAAUCUAUAGUAACAUACCAGAUACCACGCUAUAUAGUGUUUUCUAUUCACAGGCAUUACGAUUUUUGACAAUAUGUAACAAUAAAGAACUAUUUCUCUCCCGAAUAAAAUCUCUUUACUUUAAAUGCACCGCCAAAGGCGCUACACAAUUACGCAUUUAAAAUUUCAAAACUUCCAUUUCUUCAACAUACCAAGUUUGACAUUUCUUGUAAGUAUAUAACCGACUACAUACUGGAUAAUGAUCUAAUUUAAAUUUAUUUUAGAUUUUCUGUAGUUAUCUAACCCUGUCUGAAUUACCUCCCUUAAUUUUAUGCCUUUAUAAAUACACUUACAUAGUACGAUUUCUUCAACAUACCUGUUUUGCAUUUUUUUUGUGGGGUAUUAUAUUAAUAUAUUAUAAAUUGUACAAUUACACAACUUAAUAAUUCCCAUUAGUCGCUAAAACUUAUGGUUUUUAAUCUUUUAACGUUAUUUUAUCUGGAUUAUCGCCCUUAUUAUUGUGAUUUUUUUUAUCACCUUCUAAGAUAUGACGUCAUUCCCAAAAUAACGUCGCAACUCAGUCAGCAAACGGCUGUCCCUCGAGACAGUCUACAUUUCCUAUUUGCUUCUUUGUAUUCAGUUUUGUUUUUGUGACGAUGGAACAUGUACCCUAUAUGUAUUGAAUACUGAAGCGUUUCGUGAUUGAAUUUAGGGUUUAGACUACUUUUUUUUAUACAUUUCACCGAUGUGGUUACUUGUAUAGUUGAAUUUUACUACAUAUGCUUAUAUUCGUAUUUCGUGUAGCAUAUAGCAGAUCAUGACUCAUGCUGGCAUUACACAAUGGGUUCUUUGGGUUGUAUUCCUAAUUGUUUUCAAGUUUGAGUGAAGUCUGUGUCUGUGUCGCAGUGGACGCUUACGGCUAACUCACGGAUCCAUUCCCUUUUUUUUUUAAUUGUCUGUAUGUUUGUGUUUUCCUGAGUAUGAUGUCUUGUACGUGUAUUUGUUUUUGUGUAAAUUUUGUGUGGUGCAGUCCCCUUGCACUUACUAUUAGAUGGUCUACUGGUAUUAUGCGAAUCGCUUGGAUUCAUUUGGGGCUUUGGUAAUUGGCGUCUUCUUUGUAGAGGUACUCUUAGAUUUAGCAUUACUUGUUGCCUCGGUUUCUUUUGAUUUGUUUUUCAUGUUUCCAGAUGGUUUCUAAGGCAUCUUCACGGCCCUUGGUUUCUAUUUUUCAGCAGAUUUUUGGGUGACCCUUGCUUCAAUUCUGUUUGUUUUCCGAUUCUUGCAUUCUUUGAAUCCCGUUUUUUUAAGUGUCCUGGGUUUAGAUUUAGCUCUAGCCGUCUUGUCCUUGUUUUCACUGGUAACUGCUGCAUGUGACUAAAACGUUUGUAUAUCUUCAAGUUUUUUAAUUAGUCUGUCAAUGCUUUAACUAACUGUUUCUUGUAAGUGGGUCUAGAUCUACAUUAACAUUAUAUCUAUACAUCAACAAUUUUAUUUAGUAAAUAAACAUUUCU